UGAUGGCUCCUUCAACGUCUAUUGUGAAUACACGAGGAAUAUAUUAAAUAGCUAUCUCGAUACGCCACCCCCUUUCUGCGAGCCACAGGAUGAGAACCACUGGCCUUGGUAUAUAAAACGACUGUAGAGGACUCGGCAGGCCAGUGUUGUGUAUAAUUUGCCAGAGGUAUAUAUCUACGGUCAACUGGGACAAGCUGCUAUACUCUGUAGGGGAGGAAACUUCAGCAACUGUAUUAUGUCAUAAGAUUUCACGGCGAUUGUGUGUAGUAAAUAGUUGGGAAGAAAUCCAGUUGAAAAUUUCUACUCGACUUCACCAGAGAAAAGGAGAAGAGAAAAUCGUGUUGUUCUUUUACAGACGACAUCUUAGGGAAGAAAUACAUUCAUUGCACUGAACCAAUUCAACAGAGAUGAUGCUUAGGACUUUAACGGUUCUCACGUGCUGUCUAAUAGCCGCUGCAUUUACACUACCUUUGAAAUCAGAAAACAAGGAUUCGGUGUCUUCGCGGCAAAAGCGAUCAAGAUUUGGUGUUUGGGAUCCCUAUGGACACCGGAAGAGGUCGAGGAGGGAUUUUUUUGACAAACACGACUUCAAUUUUGACGGAUAUUUGGAUAAAUUAGAACUCUCACUUAUGUAUUUGGCAAAUGGUGCAUCAUGGGAAGAAGCAUUGAAAUUCGGGGCACAGCAAUUACGUCACGACCUUGACCACAACGGAGUGUUAGAUCGAUGGGAAUUCCUUCGAGAUAAUGACAUGAUGAUGUAUUGGCCUUACUCUUACUGAGAACAGAAUCCCGGAGAUAUUGAAUAACUGAAACUGUGAAAACAGAAUCAGGAUACCAUCAUCACGUGAUACCAACAGUCUCCAUGGAAACGCAAGGGUUCAUGUGUUUGACCUCGUAAAAGGGGGAGCAACACUUGCCAACGUUUACACUGAGAAGUCUUCUUUACGAUUUUCAAGAGAAAAAAAAAAGAAAAAAAAAAGAAAAAAAAUAUAUAUAUUCUCCGUGAAGAACUUUUCCAAACUGUGGGAAUACUACUGAAUGAUAUGUCUGAUGAUGUUUAUUUAAUUUCUAGUGCUAAAUAGGUAUUAUGUUGGUUACCGUAAUGGGUCCAAUUGUUCGAAGCUUUGUUAGCUUGACAGCGGAGUAUCGCACUCCCGAAAAAUCUCAUGUUUUGCUUAAAAUCUGUUUUAAAAAAGAACUUUGUAUUAAAUGUUUACUUCACUCACAUAAUCAGUUCAUUUAGAAAAUGGAAGAGACAAAGUUAUAUUCUAAUUCAAUGAAAAUUAUAUUUUAAACAAAUAUUGAGAAAAACACUUUGAGCCUGCCAGGCUUCUAUCAAUUGGGCCCCGGUGUCGUUAAACAAAGUGCCUAUAUACGGAGACCGUUCAUUUCCGGUUCCGUUAAUGAUCUUUCUCCUUUUUUUAUUUUAUUUUUUUUUAUUAAAUUUCUUCCUUAAUUAUAAAUUCAAGACGAGGCUCGUAAGCGGCACGCUCUACGAGGGAUGUUUUAUUCCAAUUAGGAGAGAGAAAAGGUGUUUAUUUAAUUAAUUAAUUAUUUCUGCAAUCAACAGGAAAUACAUCUAUAUUUAUUAUAAUGGCUUCAUGCAAUUACUUGUAAUGUUGCUGACGGAUCCAUGUUGAUUAAACAUUACUAAAUAAAUAAAUGCUUUUCAACACGAUAAGUAUCUCUACUGUCGUAAUGAAACUGAUUCCAUGAAAUAUUAUUACUAGGUGUUAUAUACUACAUUCGAUAUGUGUGCGUGGGAGGUCUUGAGAAUAGUAUAUAUUUUAUUCAUGUAGGCAUUCGGCAUUUAUUUCAUUUUACAUUAAACCUUGGGAUUUUUUUUUUUUUUUUUUUAUGUGAUUUUAUGUUUUUUCAUUAUCAUUUCAAAGAAUAGAAAUUGUAUAAUAUAUGCUUGAUAUGGACAAAUCAAAAGAUGUGUAUUAUUUAACCAAAGAUUAUUAUUUAUUUUAUGUUGUAAUUAUAUGAAAAUAGAUGUCUAUCAGUAUGAGAUACCGUGUGGCGUAUAAAAGGCUCAAUUUGAUUGGUCAAUCUAAACACCUCUGUCGACGUCAUAUACAUGUAGGCUAGAAGUUCGAUAAUCAUUUCACUGCUAAAGAGAUCUUUACAAUACAUAUGAUCGUUCACGUGAAAUAUUGAAAUAUCAAUAAAUGAUGAAUUGAUUUCGAACGAAAAGCAAAUCUUAAGUAAAUUGCACAUUGGCUCAAAAUAAUUAUACACGUCAAAACAAAUGUGCAUUUUGGUGCAAUGUGCACAAAGUUUUGAGGAAAGCAAAUAUUAAGAGGAAUUGAUAUAUGACCAUACUCUAUACAUCUUACUACUUUUCAUUUAAAUAUUUUAAAGGUUAGUGUGGCCUACUUCUGACACCAAUAUCUUAAAUUCCAUUAAAUCACUUUAAAUGGCAUACAUUAUGUUCAAAACGAAAGAGGCAGACUCGUAGAAGGAUGUAUAUAUUUCUCGUCAUAUUACAGUCAUCUAUUUCCAUCAAUCAAUAUGGAAUGUAAAAUAAAGAUGACAAAAAGUGACAAAAAAAACGUCAAAUUGAAAUGUAUGCGAAACAGGUUUCAACAGGGACGAAAUCUAUAUUUGUUGUGCAUCCGAAGAAUGACGGAAAUGGCCGAUUCUAAAUCGACGGAAAAUCCCGAAUCAUAAUUGGCAUUUAUAAACACCUAAAAUUAUUGACUGAAACAAGGGGUGAAUGUGGAUGUUCAUGUACAUUGUGAAAAAUUAAAUAUGAAUGCGUUUUGAAAGAGUUCUGUACGAUUACCUUUUAUUUUAUGUUUGUACUCAACUCAAUUUGUAUUCAACAGAAUAUCGCCUUUCCAUGAAUUUUAGUUGUAUCUUAUGUUCAUUACACUGUCUGUUCGUUUAAUUUGUUAUAUUUCUUUUAUGAAAAGUUGAGUGUUACUAGAUGAUGAAAUCGUUACAAUUAAAUAUUUUCGGAAAAAAA